UUUGGUUUGUUCAGUUCUUAUUACAUAACUGGAACAUGCAAGAGAGAUAUUUUAUUUCGCAUGCAAGUCCUAUCUAAUCUAGACGAAUACACGCAUUUUCUUUGUCCACGACCUUCAUAUAUAAGCCUGAACUACCAUUAUAUCUCAGCUGAGGUUUUUCAAUGUCAAAACUAUAGCUCGCAAAAUAAGUUCGCACAUUGGAUUGCGAAACCCGGGUUGUGCAGUCCAGUCGGAUUUUAGAAAUGAUACGCUCAACAAGAAAAUUUUAUCAGUAAUACGUUUGACCAUCAUGUCGUCCCCUGCGAAAAAUAAUACAAGUUUCCCCCAAACCAGAAUAUUUGUCAUCUAUUGCCUCUCCACAUUGGUGUCACUUUUCUUGACCCCAGUCCUUCUAGUGGUGGCAUUUCUCAUGUGCACUGCUCGCCUCCUGAUCUCGCUUUAUUUACGAGUGAGAACCAACAACACGGUGAAAUUAGUCCAAUGCAUGGAUUCCUUCCAAAUUUUUGACCGACCCAACAAUCUGCUUGAGACUUACACCUUGCUAAUCCUGAAGGGAGCAGGAGACCUGGGCAAAAUCAAGAAGGCACUUUCCGACAAAGUGAUAAACAACGUGACGUACGAGAAGUUGAGGUGCCGUGUCGUGAAAAAGUUUGGAUUUUACUGCUGGGAAAUACUUUCACCGGAAGAGUUCCGCUUGGAAGAACAUGUGAAACUUGUGGAGAACAAUAAUCUCAGAAUCUUUCCCGGUCUUAAUAAUAACACGCUAGAGAUCAAGGAAGCUGCUUUCACCGAAAAGCAAGUUUUUGAAAAACUAAGUGAAUUUUACAGUUGUGGCAUGCAGAUUGAUAAGCCACGCUGGGAGGUUAACUUAGUGACCAAGUUUAGCUAUGAGACGGAUAAUCUGAAUGAUGAGAUUCCUCAGUACGCCGUAAUCUUUAGGGUGCAUCACUCCAUUAUGGACGGGAUCUCAAUGUACCUCCUGAUCUCACAAGCUCUCGCAGAUGUUGGGGUCGAUGUGGCGAAAUCGAUGCCCUUCAAUCCCUUAAAACCACUCCCAAUCCCACUCUAUCUCAAGUUCUGGACAUUUUUGAAGCUAUUAUUUGUCUGGCCUAAAUUGAUGUACGAGAGCGUUGGACUUCCUUCUGAAUCAAAUUGCUUUCAUGGGCCGGCAUUAAGCAACAAGAAGAUCAUCACUUGGACGAACCACUUUACGAUUGAAAGUCUGAGAAAAAUUCGAUCCUGUGGAGGUGAUGGGUCCAAGAGCAAAUGUUUUGGUACAAAUGCCGUCCUUAAUGCCGCCGUUGGGGGCGCAUUUCUCAGACUGGCUGAAAUUAAAGGGGUGCGUCCCGUCCCGAGAGAAAUUACAGGGUUGACCUCCAUUCCAAUGUUACCUUAUCCAAACUUGAAGCCGCAGAAUCGGUUUUCCGGAGCCUUUUUCCCUCUUCGUGUAGGAGGUGUGGAAAGCAGAUUGGACCGAGUUCGAGAAACUGACAGGACGUUGAAGGAAAUAACAACGUCUCCGCUUAUUUUGUUGAAUAGCCUGCUGCUCAGAUUCAUUGGAACGCUGCCUGCCGAUUGGUCACAAAACUUGACAGAUUCGAGAGAAUUCACCGUUCUGACGUCCAAUAUUCCAGGACCCAGCAUUCCAGGAUAUUUGUUUGAGGGUGAUAUAUUGAUGGACGUGGCUGGUUUUUUGCCCAUCAAGAAUAAAACAGGAUUUGCCUUCUGUUUCGUCUCAUAUUGUGGAAAAAUUCGGUUGACCAUGGUCGCGGACGCAGCAGUAGCGUCUGAACAAGAUGUGCAAAUUCUGAAGGAAGCUUUCGAAAAUGAGAUUGUAGAAUUGGAACGUGAGGCGGAAUCUCAUCAGUACCAACCUUCAAAUGUUUAAACGUUCUGACUAACUGGUUUUUAUUGAAGUCCUGUCAAGAAUAUGAAUGUCUCACAAGGCAAAAAUCUUUACGAUAUGGGUUUAAUGAUCUCAUUUCCUAGACUCUUAUUAAGAUAGAAUGACAACUAUAUGUGUAGCAGGUACUUGUUAGACCUAGGUCAUUUUAUGUCUAAAUUUAACAAUAUACUUAUUUGUAAAAGUUUGACAAAGUACAAACACUAAUAAAGCAAUACUUAUUUACAAGA